AUGAAAUAUUUUGUACUAUUGAUUAUAGCUAUGACAGUGAUGAGUGAAGUCACAAAUGAAGGAGUAGUAAUUGAAUUAACAUCUGAUAAUUUCAAUUAAGUAGUUUUGGAAUCAAAAUAAGAUGUUUUGGUAAAAUUCUUUGCACCCUGGUGUGGUCAUUGUAAGAAUAUGGCUGAAGCAUAUAAGACAUUAGCAGCAAAUUUGGCUAAUAAUUAAAAUGUAUUGAUAGCAGAGAUGGAUUGGACAUAACAUAAGACUGAUGCAGUAGACAUUAAGGGAUUUCCAACUUUAGUGUUCUUUAAAAAAGGCGGAGAAAAACCAGAAUAAAUAAGAUAUUAAAAAGCUAGAACUGCAGAAGCAAUGGCAGAGUUCAUUAAUGAAAAUACAAGUUUCUAAAGAGAAGAUCUAUGAUAUAU